AUGGCUCUGCAGGAUCGUUUCGAGGUUCUGAAGGAGAUCGGUGAUGGAAGCUUUGGAAGUGUCGCGCUAGCGAGAGUCAGGACGGCUGGUGCUAGCGUUGCUCGCCGUGGAACUGUGAUCGCUAUCAAGACGAUGAAGAAGACUUUCGAGUCGUUCUCGCCUUGUCUCGAACUUCGGGAGGUUGUCUUCCUGAGGACACUGCCGCCCCAUGCCCACCUGGUUCCCGCACUGGACAUAUUUCUCGACCCGUUCAGCAAGAAGCUUCACAUCUGCAUGGAAUACAUGGAAGGCAACCUAUAUCAACUCAUGAAAGCGCGCGACCACAAAUGUCUUGACAAUGCCAGUGUCAAGAGCAUUCUGUUUCAAAUCAUGCAAGGACUGGAACACAUCCACGCCCACCACUUCUUCCACCGCGACAUAAAACCCGAAAACAUCUUGGUGACCACAUCUGGUCACCAAGACUCGGUCAACUCCUUCAGACGAUACUCGGCCCUGAUGACCCCGCCUUCUACACCGCCAACCUACACCGUCAAGAUUGCAGACUUCGGCCUAGCCCGCGAGACACAUUCGAAACUACCGUACACCACUUACGUCUCAACACGCUGGUACCGUGCUCCCGAGGUUCUGCUUCGUGCUGGAGAAUACUCCGCUCCCGUCGAUAUUUGGGCAAUCGGAGCCAUGGCAGUGGAAGUUGCCACGUUGAAACCGCUAUUCCCUGGGGGAAAUGAAGUGGAUCAAGUGUGGAGGGUGUGCGAGAUAAUGGGCAGCCCCGGUAACUGGUACAGCAAAGCAGGCGCUCGGGUAGGCGGAGGAGACUGGAGAGAGGGCACUCGGUUGGCCGGCAAGUUGGGCUUCUCAUUCCCCAAGAUGGCUCCCCAUUCGAUGGACACAAUACUCCAGUCACCACAAUGGCCAGCAUCACUGAGUCAGUUCGUGACUUGGUGCUUGAUGUGGGACCCAAAGAGCAGGCCGACAUCCACUCAGGCUUUAGCUCACGAAUACUUUUCCGACGCGGUUGAUCCAUUGAGGCCAAAGUCAUCAGCGUCAAGAAUACUUGGCCGGAAACAGUCUGACAUUGGACGUACGAAGGAUUCCAACUCGUCAACUCCCACUUCAUCGAAGCCUUCGUGGUUUAGAAAGUCAUUGAUCGGCAGGUCGGAGAGCACGGAUCUCCCAGCUGCACAGGUCAGUGUGAAGGAUGUCAUGGCCGCCCCUCGACCGUCUCCUGUCCAUUCAUCCACAAUGAAUGAAGUGCAUGUCGCCAAAUCGCGACCGGUUCCUGGCAAGCGCACGACAUGGACUAAUGGUCCCUCGAACGUGGCUCCUAUGCCAAUUCUACCAACGAUUCGGCCCAUUUCACCGUUGUCGGAUGCGGUAACCGCCCAAGCAUCAAACCGCACGCCAUCCUACAAUGACUCGUAUGCCUACGGGUCCCAACGCCUCGCAAACGAGGACGGCACAGGGAAGAAAGUUGGCCGACAAUUGUCAGUGGCAUCCAACUCAAAUCACUACGCCGAGCUUCAUCGACAGCAGGCGGAACGGGCCUUGAACGGUACCGGUCUAGCAUCACCGCCAAGUGGGCAGAAGGAAAGCUUCUUCUCACAUCUCCGAAAGCGCGCAAGGCGGUUUUCUGGGAGGCACCAGACACCUGUCUCUCCUACCUACGACGACGUCGAAGCGCAGGCAGGCUGUGGGCCUUGGGCCAGCAACAGAUCAUCAAUGGUCAUUGACCAACAAGGUGCGGCAACGAAGGUCGAUAACUACGACUCACUUGAUAGGGCCAUGCGGGAUCCGCAUCGCAACGUCGAGUCCUCUCAUCCACCAGUCCCGCCCAUCCACAUGGUCUCCUCUAGUGGUCACCUGAAACGACAUCAUUCGCUUCCCCACAAACAGCCCAGGUCUGUGGACAACCUCAUUGGUGCUGCUCGUACUACUGGGCCUAUCUCUAGUAGGACAAGGAGAGCGCAAGCUACGCAUGGCGUCCAAGGGGAUGCGUUGGAAGAAGAAGACGAGCUCCUGGAUGAAGUUUUGAAUUCAACCCACCGGGCGAUGAAGCGCAUGGACAAGGACGGCAAACCCAAUCUUCGACAAUCUGCCAGCAACGUCGUGCUCUCGAAUCCCUAUCCGACGCCGUCUCCUUCAGCUAGCGGAAAUAACGUUCUCUUUGGAGAUGGAAACGAGGCCAUUACACCCCGACCUCUAGAUCUCAAGAAGCAUUCGGGUAGAGAAGCGCAGUAUAAAUGGCCGACUCCCCCAUAUGAGGAGAGCGAGUGGGCAUCCUCGGCGUCUGCAAGUAUCUGGGCCGCUGGCAACAGAUUUUGA